UUUCUAUUAGUGCCGCUUUUCAGUGGUAUAAUUGCAGCGCAUUUUUUAGUUUUGUGAAAUUUGGGAAAGAAAUAUUAUUUAUAAAUAUAAGUUAAAAAAACAUAAUAAUUAUUUAGCAAAAGUACUUUGCAAGCAAGCAAAAUGAUGUACGAAGAUGAUGAAAUGUUCGAAGAAGAGAAUGCGGAGGAAAUCUCCCACGAGUUGUGGCAGGAAGCUUGCUGGAUUGUAAUUAACGCCUAUUUCGACGAAAAAGGUUUGGUACGACAACAGCUGGACAGUUUCGAUGAAUUUAUACAAAUGUCUGUGCAACGCAUUGUAGAAGACUCCCCGGCAAUUGAUUUGCAAGCCGAAGCCCAACACACAUCUGGUGAAAUCGAAACACCCCCACGCUUUUUGCUUAAAUUUGAGCAAAUUUAUUUAUCCAAACCUACACAUUGGGAAAAAGAUGGUUCUCCAAGCCCCAUGAUGCCGAACGAAGCCCGUUUACGAAAUCUGACAUAUUCUGCUCCACUGUAUGUGGACAUAACAAAAACAAAAAUUGUGGAAGGAGCCGAUCCAGUAGAAACACAGCAUCAGAAAACCUUUAUUGGAAAAAUUCCUAUUAUGUUGCGUUCUACGUACUGCCUGCUUUCGCAGCUAACAGAUCGUGAUUUAACAGAAUUAAAUGAGUGUCCCCUAGAUCCAGGUGGUUAUUUCAUUAUCAACGGAUCUGAAAAAGUUCUGAUCGCUCAAGAGAAAAUGGCAACCAAUACUGUAUACGUAUUCAGCAUGAAAGACGGCAAAUAUGCUUUCAAAUCGGAAAUCCGUUCUUGUCUUGAACACAGUUCCAGACCCACCUCCACUUUGUGGGUAAAUAUGAUGGCACGUGGUUCACAGAACAUCAAAAAGUCUGCCAUUGGCCAGCGCAUAAUCGCGAUCUUACCAUAUAUCAAACAGGAAAUUCCAAUUAUGAUAGUUUUUCGUGCUUUGGGCUUUGUAGCUGAUCGCGAUAUUUUGGAGCACAUCAUUUAUGAUUUCGAUGAUCCCGAAAUGAUGGAAAUGGUAAAACCAUCACUUGACGAGGCAUUCGUUGUGCAAGAACAAAAUGUAGCCUUAAAUUUUAUUGGUGCCCGCGGUGCUCGACCGGGUGUAACCAAAGACAAGCGUAUAAAAUACGCAAAGGAAAUUUUACAAAAGGAAAUGUUGCCGCAUGUAGGCGUAUCCGAUUUCUGUGAAACCAAGAAAGCAUACUUUUUGGGUUAUAUGGUGCAUCGUUUGCUGCUUGCUUCGCUCGGUCGUCGUGAAUUAGAUGAUCGCGAUCACUACGGCAACAAACGUUUGGAUCUCGCCGGUCCGCUAUUGGCCUUCCUCUUCCGUGGGCUAUUCAAAAAUCUCAUGAAAGAAGUCCGCAUGUACACACAGAAAUUCAUCGAUCGUGGAAAGGAUUUCAACUUGGAAUUAGCCAUCAAAACAAAUAUUAUCACUGACGGUUUGCGUUACUCUUUGGCUACUGGUAACUGGGGUGACCAAAAGAAAGCGCAUCAGGCGCGUGCUGGCGUGUCUCAGGUGUUGAAUCGUCUAACUUUUGCAUCCACAUUGUCACAUUUACGGCGUGUCAACUCGCCCAUCGGUCGCGAUGGUAAAUUGGCCAAACCACGUCAAUUGCACAACACAUUGUGGGGCAUGUUAUGCCCCGCCGAGACACCAGAGGGUGCCGCUGUAGGUCUGGUAAAGAACUUGGCUCUGAUGGCGUACAUUUCUGUUGGUUCCCAACCUUCGCCAAUUUUAGAGUUCUUGGAAGAAUGGUCCAUGGAAAAUCUUGAAGAAAUUGCACCCUCUGCCAUCGCAGAUGCCACAAAAAUUUUCGUCAAUGGCUGCUGGGUUGGCAUACAUCGUGACCCUGAGCAACUUAUGGCUACACUACGUAAAUUGCGUCGGCAGAUGGAUAUCAUUGUCUCGGAAGUAUCCAUGAUCCGUGAUAUUCGCGAUCGUGAAAUACGAAUUUACACAGACGCCGGUCGCAUUUGCCGUCCGCUAUUGAUUGUUGAGAAUGGCUCACUUCUGUUGAAGAAGACUCAUGUGGACAUGUUGAAGGAACGUGAUUACAAUAAUUAUAGUUGGCAAGUUUUGGUCGCUUCGGGUGUCGUGGAAUACAUUGACACCUUGGAAGAGGAGACUGUAAUGAUUGCGAUGUCGCCAUACGACUUGAAACAGGACAAGGACUACGCGUAUUGUACGACCUACACACAUUGUGAAAUUCAUCCGGCUAUGAUUUUAGGCGUAUGUGCCUCUAUUAUACCAUUCCCCGAUCACAAUCAAAGUCCGCGUAACACAUAUCAAAGCGCUAUGGGUAAACAAGCUAUGGGUGUCUACAUUACCAACUUCCACGUACGGAUGGACACUCUGGCACACGUACUCUAUUAUCCCAUGAAACCAUUGGUCACUACACGUUCCAUGGAAUAUCUGCGUUUCAGAGAGCUACCAGCUGGCAUUAAUUCAAUUGUUGCCAUCUUAUGUUACACUGGUUACAACCAGGAAGAUUCUGUCAUCUUAAAUGCUUCGGCUGUGGAACGUGGUUUCUUCCGAUCGGUUUUCUACCGUUCGUAUAAGGAUUCCGAGAACAAGCGUAUUGGCGAUCAAGAGGAGAACUUCGAAAAGCCCAAUCGUCAGACUUGUCAAGGAAUGCGCAAUGCUCACUACGACAAAUUGGAUGAUGACGGUAUUAUUGCGCCUGGUAUUCGUGUCUCUGGUGACGAUGUGGUUAUUGGAAAAACAAUUACUCUCCCCGAAAACGACGAUGAGCUCGACAGUACCACGAAACGUUUCUCUAAACGAGAUGCCUCCACUUUCCUACGUAAUUCCGAAACUGGUAUUGUUGAUCAAGUGAUGUUGACGCUGAAUAGCGAAGGUUAUAAGUUUUGCAAAAUUCGUGUGCGUUCAGUGCGUAUACCGCAAAUUGGUGACAAGUUCGCCUCGCGUCACGGACAGAAGGGUACUUGUGGUAUCCAGUAUCGUCAAGAAGACAUGGCGUUUACAUGUGAGGGGCUUGCGCCUGACAUUAUUAUCAACCCUCACGCCAUUCCAUCUCGUAUGACAAUUGGCCAUUUAAUCGAGUGUUUGCAAGGAAAGUUGGGCUCAAACAAAGGUGAAAUUGGUGACGCUACACCCUUCAACGAUGCUGUCAACGUACAAAAGAUAUCCACCUUCCUGCAAGAGUAUGGCUAUCAUUUGCGUGGCAACGAGGUGAUGUACAACGGUCAUACAGGUCGCAAAAUCAAUGCCCAAGUAUUCUUGGGACCAACCUAUUACCAACGUCUCAAGCACAUGGUGGACGACAAAAUUCACUCCCGUGCUCGUGGUCCUGUCCAGAUUUUGGUGCGUCAACCUAUGGAGGGUAGGGCACGUGAUGGUGGUCUACGUUUCGGUGAGAUGGAACGUGAUUGUCAGAUAUCUCAUGGCGCUGCACAAUUUCUGCGCGAACGUCUUUUUGAGGUUUCCGAUCCAUACCGUAUACAUGUGUGCAAUUUCUGUGGUCUCAUUGCUAUAGCUAAUUUGCGUAAUAACACUUUUGAAUGCAAGGGUUGCAAAAACAAAACUCAAAUAUCACAAGUCCGUUUGCCGUAUGCCGCAAAGUUGCUGUUCCAGGAACUUAUGUCGAUGAAUAUUGCACCGCGACUGAUGGUUGUCCAAUAGGCAUGAGCAUGAACUUAAGAGCGCUGACAUUUUACAUUUCUAUUUGAAAACAUUGUAGUACUAUAAUUAAUUAAUAAAGUAAUUUUUACAACAAUAA